GUGGGAUCGGACGUGUUUUCAAAACCACAGCAAAGCGAUGUAAAUACAUCAACCGCAAGACAACUGCCUACUGUCCAGCGACUAUUGCGAAGAAAUCGGAGCGUUUCCUACCGGGAUAGUAUGCUCUGAGCCUGUGAGUCUUUCCCUGGACGCAGGACUGUGAGCACCUGGGUGCUGAACGGAGAGGAGAGCCAGAGACUCCGGUCUGGGGUCGGAAGCGCAUCCCUGCGAUCGGAUUCGGAAGAUCCCUUCUCUCGGUUGUGAGAGUCUUGACCCGCCCCCCUAACCCUGCCCCCUCCCCCCCCCCCGCAACAUGGCUUCCAAACCGCACGCCCCCCUCAUGAAGAAGCACAGCCAGACCGACUUGAUCAGCCGCCUGAAGACCCGCAAGAUCCUGGGCGUCGGUGGGGAGGAUGACGAUGGCGAGGUGCACAGGUCAAAGAUCAGCCAGAUGCUGGGGAAUGAGAUCAAAUUUGCUGUGCGGGAGCCUAUGGGCCUCAGGGUUUGGAUCCUCAUAUCAGCCAUCGUCUUCACCACCAUGGCUUUAAUGGCAUUGGUGUUUCCGAACCAGCUGUACGAGGUGGUGUUUGACAAGGAGCUGUCUGUUACGAGUGUCUCCAUCCGACUGUACGGAGGAGCCCUGCUCAGUAUCUCCUUAAUCAUGUGGAACGGUGUUUACACGGCUGAGAAGAUCGUUAUCCAGUGGACUCUGCUCACAGAGGCCUGCUACUUUGCUGUGCAGUUUUUGGUGACGUCAGUCACCCUGGUGGAGUUGGGCUUCGUGUCGAACGCCGCCGUCCUCCUCCUCCUCAGCCGCCUGCUCUUCCUCUCCGUCAGCCUGUCGUACUACUACCACCUGGGCCGGCGGCCCAAGAAGAUCUGAGGGGCCGGAGGCCCCCCGGGGCGGGGGGCGGGGACGAGUGUUGGGGUUACACUGUACAGAGAGUGUGGCAGCACCAUUGUCUAAAACGUCCAAGCCCCACCCACCCCUCCCUCGCCCUAUCCUAUCAGGACCAAGUGUGACCACAGGCCCCCCCCCUCUUUUUUUACACUGCCUCUCUGAUACAAAUCCAAAAAUAACCCCCCCCCCCCCACCUACCCACACACUGUCUUUUAGUAGAUUAAGUUAACAGUCUUGUUGAUUGAUAGUAUUAGGAGGUGGGCGGAGCCUUUCAGAGAAUGGGGUGUCCAUCAUGUUGUCUCCGCCCACCCCCUGCUAGUCAUGUGACUCAGUGUGUUACUGUAAGAGCAGGUAGGCUGGACUCUGGCACUGUGUAUGCAGGACUCUGUGUGUGUGAUAAACUCAUUCAAUAUGGAUUGUGUGUGUGUGUGUGUGUGUGUGUGUGUGUCUGUGAAGAGCACGGUUGCCCACGGUACUUUCCUUCCCACGCCUGGAAGGCAGCCGGUUCAGCUCAGCCAACCACAGAUUAUGUGCACAUAUUUCUUUGCAGGCAGGCUUUCCUCAAUGCAAUUUUAUGAAAGCUUAUCAUUAUCUAUGUUACUGUGCUAGCUUGAUUGCUAAUCUGUCAUUAUUCGUUUUCUUGUUCUACAAGCUGCUGCCUUCCAGGCUUAACUGAGGGAAGGAAAGUACCUUGGGCUACAUGGUUGCUAAGGAGGUGGCUUCCUGUCACAUGACCUCAGGACUAGGAGCUCCUCUUUUAUUUCGGGUCAUUUUGUAGUUUGUGGUGUCUGUUUCCACUUGGGUGUAUUUAGGUGAAUCAUCCACACACACACACACACACACGCUCAAAACACACGUCCCUCUCCCUGAAGUGAAAUGAGCUGUAUUGUGUAAGUCUUCGUGUGGACGCAGUAUUGAGGAGGAAUGGGAUUUUAUGAUUUUAUUUAAACUAAGGAAACCACACUCCUAGCCCUCAUUUGAUCUGGCACAGUAAUUCCACGACUGUGGAUAAAAACAGUCAUGAGCAAAGCCUGAAUUUAGGGUUUUAUUCUAUUAUUGGUGUUGAACACUUGUCCCCCACCCAAACUUAGACAGCUCAGGGAAUCUGCUCUUUGUAAUCUAUCACUACUGCCUGAUAACAACGAGAGGAAAAACACCUGGGGGUCAAAUAUGUACCUGAAAUACUUUAACUCAGUGCUCCCCAUGACCUGGUCAUGACCUUUGGGGGGGGGGGGCACAGAGAAAUAACAGAGGCAUCUGUGAGGGUUGAUGGACAGUGUUUGUGUGUCUGUUUGUGUGUAGUGGGUGGGAGGACUUCAAACAAAUUACCAAAGGAAAUAAAUGAAAGCAUUUGGGAAGCACUGCUUAACUCUUUAUAGAUGCUGUUAACAUUCCUAAAACUUAAAGAAAACCUGUUACUAAACAAUUUGUACAAUCAUGGAAAAAUGUUUUGUUAAGAAUACUAGAAAUGGAUGCUUUUUGGAAAACUGAGUAAUGUGGAGAAAUUGAAAUGAAUGCCAUGCAGUGGGUUUUUAAAGUAUUUCAGUUAAUCAUAUGACCCAGGUCUGAAAGGAACUAAAAUGGUGUCCAUACAGGAACACUACAAGAGUGAGUGAUGGUAUCAGAGCAAAAAUUUCAGAGAUACAGAGGCUUGUUUUAAAUUAUGUUCAAAUUAAUUACUCCUGCUACCCUGACGAUUAUGCCCAAUGGUCUUUUAGGAGACUCCUACAUUCUGCAUGCUCCCUCUCCCCCCAUCACAUGCAUGCACCUGUCAGUCCGGUUCUUUAGAGACUUGUGUUGAGGUUGUAAAAUCGCCCUGGCUUACCCCCUGACAAGCACAGAGCAUGUUUGGUGUAGCACAUUGAAACUCGCACAACCUGUAUAUUCACAGAUUAGAUUAGCAAACUUUUCAAACAGAGCAUAUCCGUAGUAUUGCCUUAACAAUUUUAAUGUGAAGAUACAGUGUUUUAUAUGUGUCCAGUGCAGUGUAAAUAUCGCCAAUCGCAGCAUUAGUUUUAUUUAAAGAGCAGGACAGCAGACAUUCAGCAGUGUGUGCAGUAAUCAGUCUUUAACAGUGGAUGUAGUUUUCAGUGAUUCUUCAACAGGUCAUUACAUUUUGUUUUGUAAAGAUCUUAUCGUUGUUGUUUCGGGGACAGAAUUUUGAACACCAAAUCCGGUGCAUUAAAGUAGCAUAGAUGAGUUUUGAGGUUGUGAGAUCGUGUGCUCGAUUUCCUGUGAUCAAAUUUCUAUAACCAGGAGUCAAAAUGAAAAUUAGGAUGGGGGGUGUGUAGCUCUCAUUUUGCUGGUUUCUUUCACCCAUUGUGGGCCACAGAUGUUCUCAUUUGUACAACAGGUGUGCCAAUCAGAAAUGUCAAGUCCUGUCUCCAUAUAAAGCAUAAAUGUUUCCUUUUGUCAUUCUGUCAGAACAGCUUCUAGAAAAGCAGUUGCAUAAAACGCAUGGUUUAAGUAGUGAUUUUUGCACUGUAGGGGAGGGUGACCACUCAAAAGAGAGACAUUUUAAAUCCACAUUUUCCACAAAACAUCCCUGUAGGAUGAUGAUGUUAGUGCUGAGGUUUAAAAAGAAGAGAAGGCUGCUUUCUUCUGUAGUUUUUGGCUGUGAGCAGACGUUUUUCCAUUUCUAUGCUCUCUUUGUUUAAGACACUCCUCAGCACAUUGCAGAGGGUUUUGCAGUUGCUUUAAUUGUUGCUACAAGCUACGGCGAUGUUGUAAAGAUGUAACCCAAUGUUAAACUGUUUCAGGUAAAAAACGGUCACCUGCUACAAAUCUGUCUCAUCAGGCCUCCAACGCUUCCUGGAAAAAAUAUAAAUUGAGUGUGUGAAUGCUGUUCAUUUCUUUUUUUUUUCUUUUUUUUAAGAGAUCAUAUUCCAAUUCUACUUGAAAGGAAAGUGGUUACUGUAGAUUCGCAUUGUUUUGCUUUGUUCUGAAAAAUAAAUUUACAUAUUGUACCUGCUUUUGGAAAGUCUCAA